GGCUCCGGUCUUUCAGUCUGAUCUUACAUUUUUAACGGACCACUUGUUCGUACCAUCAGUUGAACUUUGAACCCUUUCGUUACGGCAGAGUUGGCUCCGCCGCUGUGCAGGACAUUUAACCCUCCGUUAUAAACUUUACUACAAACAUUCUCUACUUUUUCGUUUUACCUUUGUUAUAUUGCUCCAUUAAAAAGUCGAAUUUCGCUCGGAGCGAGUGCAACUCGCAGGUUCGAGGGAACCGUUGAUCGAGUCUCCAGAAGCUCAAAGGAGCUUAAACAUCAGUGAAACUCUUCGGAAACCCCGCUGACAGCAAGAGUCAUUAUUUUUCUCCGUCAAAAGUGAAUUUGCUUUAUAAUUUCGAAAGAUUACUCCAAAAAUCGAAUUCGGUGUCCCCGAACCGGCGCUGUCUGAACCAGCUCAACAGCUGAUCGCAGUACGAAGCGGCGGUGAACGGGGCCGCUAUUGCUCCACCACCCCGCGUCCGGAAGAAAAUUGACAAAAUUGAAUAGCAAACGUAUUAUUAUAAUUAAAAAUAUAAUAAUAAUAAUUAAAACAAAACAAAACAAAAAAACAAGACAAAAAAAUCGAAUCGCGCGAACGUAGAGCGAGACCGGAGAAGAAGAAAAAAACACGGAAGAGUGCUCGCUGACGAAUUUGUGAGGGAUUCCAUGUGCAACGAUACGUAAUAUCGUGAUACGCGAAAGAGAAAAAUAAUCGAAGCAGAACGGAGUGUCGAGGGUGCUGUGGAAAUCGUCGUGGACAAAUGCGCGAGAAGGUUCGCCGACGACAAAGAAGACGAAUCAGAAACGAGUCUCGGAGACAAGGAAACGGCAGUUUUUCUUGAACAAGAAAAGCUCCCCCAACCCCAACCCCAACCCCAACUCCCCCCCCCCUCCCCCUCUUGUUUGACGUUUUCUGGAUACGUCACCAUGGUCAAAACUUUUCAGGCUUAUCUGCCCUCCUGCCACCGCACUUACUCGUGCAUACACUGCCGUGCUCAUCUCGCGAGCCACGACGAACUCAUCUCUAAGUCCUUCCAAGGCAGCCAAGGUCGUGCCUAUCUCUUUAAUUCCGUGGUAAACGUAGGCUGCGGUCCUGCCGAGGAACGAGUCCUAUUGACCGGCCUCCACGCCGUCGCCGACAUUUAUUGCGAGUGCUGCAAAACGACACUUGGAUGGAAAUACGAGCACGCGUUCGAGUCGAGUCAGAAGUACAAAGAGGGUAAGUUCAUAAUUGAGCUUGCCCACAUGAUAAAGGAGAAUGGAUGGGAAUGAAAGGCAGUGACGGAGGGGAUCCGGAACGACAUACAUAUGCAUAUGUAUAGAUAACAUAUAUAAACAUAUUUAUAUGCGCGUGUCUAUAUAUAUAUCGUGCCGAAACGUCUCCAACGGCGAUGAGGAAACGACUAAUUUUCCGUGAAUAAAGCCAGCAUCGACGUUGCACCGCUGCCGAGGCAGGAGCGACUAAAUUCGAAGAUGACGUCUACGGUAAAGGCGAUAACGUUGUUGCGGGUAGGAUCGAGGAGGAAAAUAUGGGACUUGAGACCACCGCUGAACACUCCCCCGACAAACCACCAACGAAAGUCUGUGAUUUCAUUUGUGAUUUGUAAUCUUAGUAGCAGCCUUUAUUUCCGUUCUUUUUAUUAUUUCGAACAAUCCGCGAAGCCGUCGUCGUUCGCUCGUAAAUGUGUUUUUCCAUUGGCGAGUACCAUUAUAAUCGACGGUUAUCGAAUGGUUAAAAGAAGAAGGAAAAAGAAAAGAAGCGCGAGGCAAAGCAAUUGCGAAAGAGCGCAUACACUCGCGGGCAUAUUCCGCGCGGUACCGUCGCUGAGUAUUGUAAAGAAAUUAUUUUUCGAAGCAACACUACAAAACUAAAGAAAAUGAAACUGAAGGAAUCGAGCAACGGAGUGCGCUGGAGAUAUAUUGAAAGAAAAUAAGAGGAAGAGACGAGAGAAGAGAAGAAUGGUGAAAGCGGCGAGGUCGUGCCGGUACACGGUGAGCCCGAGCGUUGCUGAAUCGUGGUGAAAAAAGAUGCAAGAUGGUCGAGGAGACGAUCGUACGCGAAUGUUCUUUCCGAGCUGAGGGGUGCCCGCCCCCCGUCUGUAAAAAAAAAUACGAGUACGACGAGUAUAAGGAGCAUAUUUUCGAGCGAAUUUACGUUCGUCCUCGAGUCGCUCUAUUUUUUCACACUAUUGUGCGAAUUUAAACUCAUUAGUGACGAAGAAAAAAGAAUGUCGACGUUAAAUCAGUCGUCGACGACGCAGACCAAAAUUUUCUUCUUUCGGCGCGAAGAGUCCAUCGACUGAUUCGAAAUUGCGUUGUAACGAUCGACCUUUUGAUAUUACGAAAGAGCAACAAGAUAUUGUAAAACCGAUCGGGUUUUCGGGCGUCUGUCAACGUUUCCAACACCUUAAAUCAUCUUUCAAAUACGCAAUAUUUGCAGCUUGUUUAUACACGUGCCUCGUUUGAGAAACAUUGCGUAAAGAACUGCGACAAAACAUGGCAGAACACGAGAGGAGUUGGGCACCCCGUGAAUUCGACGUACACGUAAUGAAACAAUUGCGAUUCGCCGGGGGGAGCGGAGGAGGCGCGGAAGUGCGAUGCACAGAGACUGCAGGUGCGUCCAAGCUCUAAAUUCUCUUUUCAUAGGGCUCAAAAAACGACGACGAGCGAUAACGCGACGUUGCGCCGUUCGUUGUUGCCCGAAAUCUCAUUAAAAUCCGUAUUUUUCUCUCACAACGGAAACGGUCGUACUCGUAGAUCCUGCUGGACGUGACUGCCUGCCCGCUGCGUCUAUCGUUGGAAUUCCACUGCCGAUAUUCCUAAUAUUAACAUUAACAAACAAAUAAUAAACAAAGAAAUUUAAAACGAAACAUCAGCUAAACGAAAGAGGUGGUGAACGAGAUUAACGAAUCGAGUUUAACCGAGACGACGAACGCGUCGUACGAGGAUACGGGAGGAUAUUAAAACAACAACAACAACAAAAGAACAAAAACAUUGAGUUACGAAACAACAAAUAUGAGAGUAGGAGAUGCAAAGCCGCGUUACUCUCACGCGUCUGUGCAGAUUCAGCCCCGAUGUAGCCUACGUUAUAACAUUAGCGUAUCGAAGCUUAUAUAUGUAUACACGUCUAUGUAUAACAAAAAAGCGUAUACAUACAUAUAUAACUCGACAUUUACGUUGGAAUGUAUCUAUACAUACGUAUAUGCACUGAGAAAAAAGGAUCCUUCGUUAUUAAAUAGCAAUUGAUGUUGUUACAAGAGUUUUCUUCAUUUAACCGCAAUGUUUUCGGAGAGAAUGAAUCUGCAGUUUGAUCUAAAAUUAUUUUAUUCGUUUAAUCAUGUUUAACCUUGCGAUGAUAAUUCCUUGUUCCAAUGACUUUUUUCUCAGUGUGUAUACUAUAUUAUAUUACAAUAUUAUGUAGAACUCGUGGAUAAUAGGUAUUAAGAAUAUUCGAGUAGGCCGAGAGGAGAGGAUGAGAAAAAAGUGAAAAAAAUUAAAUACGAGAGAGAUGGAAAAAGAUAAACACGGAGAAUAUAAUUGAAGGUUGAGGUAGGCCUGGCUCCGUGUGUGUGUGUGUGUGUGUUGUCUGUAUGCUGAAGUACGAGUCUGAUUUUUUCAAGUUCGCCUUACCUGGAGCGUUUUUUUGUUUAUUAUCUGUUGCAUUUGUCAUUGCUUUGCUGUCUUCGAAAUCGUGAAAUAUCAUUGUAUUGCAAUGUAGGAACGCUGUACAGUUAUUCGUACACGGGCUGAUUCGAGAUCGAUUGAAGUUCAGAGCGACCUUGAAAUACUUCGUUUCUUGUGAUAUUCAGUUGCUCGAGCCGCGUCUGGGCCUCGAAAAUGAACUUGAUUUUGCUCCGAGCUCGAUCUCAUUUCAACGGGUUACAAUUUCUGACUCUGUUUCGAAUUUUCAAAAUCCUGCUUGACGAGUCGUUGUUUCGACGUUGCAAGAGAUUUUUCCUCUCGGAAUUCAUAUUCGAGUGCCGCUGCAGGAAAGGAAAAGCAGAAUGAUAAAAAGCGGUGUCGUUCGAAAAUCAGUCGGUUUGUUGAACACUGAAUUUGUAUUUAUUGGCUGUGCAGAGUUCGAUUUGUGACUGAUUCUAUAAUCUCGUAGUUGAUCUGCAAAUAAGUCAUCGGAUUCGCCAUCCUUCGCACGCACUGAAAGAAAAAUGUGAAAAAUAUACGAAUGGACGAUGGAAAAAGAAAACGAAGAAACUCGGAGAGUAAAAAUGUUUGCUCACUACUUUUAACGAUCGAUCUCAUCUGUAAAUAAUAAUGUGCGACGAAUGUUUAUCGGCUAAUGUGGGAAAAUAAAAUUUUACGGAAUAUCAA